CUAGGUUUUACACCUUGUUUUGGCUGAUGGCCAUGGAAGACAACGAAGAACAAGUCAUUCUUCCAUUACAAUACCUUUCAUUACAGGAGGAGGAAGAAAAAGAAAACUACACCGAGUCAAUGACUGAGUCACCACCGAGUCUUGAACAGGUAGAGGAGAUCAUAGGCUACAAGUUCAAAGAUCCAAGCUUGUUACAACAAGCCUUCACGCACGUUUCGUUCACAGAAGAGGAGUGCUCGUCGUACGAGAGAUUGGAGUACAUGGGUGACUCAGUGCUCAAUCUUUUGAUAGCAAAGGAACAUUAUUUUCUCCACCCUGAGUUGCCACCGGGUAAGCUGACUCGGUUGCGGGCCGCCAAUGUCGAUACCGAGAAGCUCGCGCGUGUGGCGGUGAAACAUGGGUUGCAUAAGUUUGUUUGUCACCGGAAACCUCUUCUAGACGGACAAAUUCGAGAAUUUAUGGACAGAAUUAUGGAAUAUCCGUUGCAUUCCAACGGGUUGAUUGAUGCACCGAAGGUCCUAGCUGACAUUGUUGAGUCUACAAUUGGAGCCAUUUUCAUUGACAGCAGCUUCUCCAUUGAUACCACCUGGAAGCCGAUAAUAACGCCGGCGACGAUCCAAACGCACCCAGUGACGAGGCUUUAUGAAAUUUGCCAGAAAAAAGGAUCCCAAAUACGAUUUGUUGAUUUAUGGAACCAAACAGGGGAGAUCGAAGUUUACGUGGACAAUGAGUUUUUGGGAAGAGGCAAAUACAGUGCUAAGAAGUUGAUUGCUUUGAACAGAGCAGCUGAGAAGGCUUAUAAUCAACUUGUGGGGAAGAAGAUGGGUAUGGAACAAGACACUACUAUUCAACAUGACUGAUUGAGUGGAAUUGAAAUGUUUUUAUUCAUCAAACACAUGCUAUUGCUUCUUUCUUUUCUUUUCUUUUUUUUUU